GACGUCAGCGAGAGCCGCGACAGACUUGAGACACUGUCCGCGAGACCGCGUCGCCUUCUGUGGGAAUCGUGGACAUCUGCUUGUGUGGUGCGCGUGGCCAGAAGCAGCGGUGAGGAUGACGGAGUAUAAGCUGGUGGUAGUGGGAGCAGGGGGUGUGGGGAAGAGCGCUCUGACCAUCCAGCUCAUCCAGAACCACUUUGUGGACGAGUACGACCCAACCAUCGAGGACUCGUACCGGAAGCAGGUGGUGAUAGACGGCGAGACGUGUCUGCUUGACAUCCUGGACACGGCUGGCCAGGAGGAGUACAGCGCCAUGCGGGACCAGUACAUGAGGACCGGCGAGGGCUUCCUCUGCGUCUUCGCCAUCAACAACACUAAGUCCUUUGAGGACAUCCACCAAUAUAGGGAACAGAUCAAGCGGGUGAAGGACUCGGACGACGUGCCCAUGGUCCUGGUGGGCAACAAGUGCGACCUGCCGGCCCGCACGGUGGACACCCGGCAGGCCCAGGAGUUGGCCCGCUCCUACGGCAUCCCCUACAUCGAGACCUCGGCCAAGACGCGACAGGGAGUGGAGGACGCCUUUUACACAUUGGUUCGGGAGAUUCGACAGCACAAGCUGAGGAAACUCAACCCGCCCGACGAGAGCGGCCAGGACUGCAUGAGCUGCCGCUGUGUGGUGUCAUGAUGCACUGAAGCUCCCCCCGGGAGUGGCCGGGCGAGGGACAGACGUUCCCGCGCGUGGACGUGGCAGCAUGGACUCCAGAACGGCUAGCUUACACCGCCCUCGUGAAGAAACGUUCUGGGAAAAACCUGAGGAGGAGAAAGGACCCUCACAGAAGCAUACUCACAAACAAAAAAAAGAAAAAGAAAACGAAAGUACACACAUGUAAAAUAUCGACGCCAGAACUGAUUGUACCCAUGAGAACUUUGUACUAUGGAACGGACGAAACUGGUUUGUGUUGGCUGGCAGUUCUAGACCCCCCCCCCCCCCAGCCAUAACCUUACGCCCACCACCUGGCCCUGCUUUCAAGUCCAUGUCUGCCCAGGAGCGUUGCCACAACAAACUCCAGCCCACCCCCCCCCCCCCCUCCCCCUGUGAUGUCAUGGGCAGCUCCACAGGAUCCUGCUAACUUAUUGUUUUACGGUCUCAACACUGGUGUUUUUGUUUUGGUGGUUCGGAAGAGGAUAUCGGCAACAACACACACACACACACGCACACACUCACGCACACACACACACACACACACACAAACACACAGACACACAGGUAGAAGCGUCAGGCAAUGGGUCUACUGGACAGGCCUGUGACCGUGAGGGUAGUGCCUCCCUCAGCCCACCUGCCUCACCCCUGACACCCAGACGUCUCUCUCUCUGUGUUGUCCCCCACCCCUGUCUCCCCUGGAAGGGGGUGGGCAGAGUCGGCUCUGAGUUUGGCCAGACACCAGACACUGUGGUCGUGUGACACUCAUCCAUAGAAAAACAUAUGACCAUCUGUCUGAUCAUAUGGAUCUGUUUCUUUGUAAAAAUGGACCUCCUUCGCAUCGCUUGAGGUUUGGAGAUUAAUUUCAUCAGGACGGCGAAAGAAAAAGGCCUAAUUUCCAGAUUUAUUUUUUAAUUUCCAGAUUUUUAUCAAUUCAUUUUUUCGGUGAGAUAUGCUUUUGAGGUGGAUAUACUGGUUGUCAUAGAUACAGUUUCAAAGUGUAUGGACUUUAAUUCCCGUAAUUAAGAUUCUCCCUUCAAGAUUCACACUGGUCUACCCAGGUGUGCGCGCUAACGUGUUUGUAGACUAAUUAUCGUAAAGGCUUGUGUGUGUGUGUGUGUGUGUGUGUGUGUGUGUGUGUGUGUGUGUGUGUGUGUGUGUGUGUGUGUGUGUGUAUGUGUCUCUCUGUGUGUGUGUGUAUGUGUCUCUCUCUGUGUGUGUGUGUGUGUGUGUGUGUGUGUGUGUGUGUGUGUGUGUGUGUGUGUGUGUGUGUGUGUGUGUGUGUGUGUGUGUGUGUGUGUGUGAGAUCUGGUGCAAUAGCAUUGUUUACUGUCCUGAGGUCAAGGGAUCUGGAAUAAACCAUCUCUUCUCCCAUUUAGUUAUUUUUUCUCAGUGUGUUUUUUUUCUUUUUUUCUUCACUUCCUGCGAGCGUGCAGAGGUACAGGACAUGACAUCACCUGCUGUGACAUAGACUGUUUCCAAACCGUCUGCCUUUCUGAACGACGCCAUGCCAACACGACCGCUCAGACAAAAGACUGUGACUUAAACCAGGAAAGCGACCGUUGUGGUUCCCUCCUGCUUCUCUUCUGUCCCUCCUUCAUCUAGAUGCGUGCACGAUGAGGAAUCUUGUGUCGGACCACAAGGUAAAACCGCACGGGCAUUAGUCGGCUUUUAAGGCUCAGGAAUUCUUUCGGGUCAAGAAAAAAAGUCCCAUUAGUCCUUUUCGUGUGUUUUUGGGGCUGCCCUUAAACCCGAGGGCAGGCCCGUCAUCAGCACUGGGGGGUGGGGCAAACGACCUCUGUUUUAUUUUUUUCUGCCACACACCACAAUACCCUCAGUCUGCUUCUCUCUGUCUGCAACGGCCACCUGGGCUCACCAGAGGAACCGCAAUUCAUUGCUGCAAGAUCUCUUUGGGGAUGGGUGUGAAAUACUGUGUGAUGGAUUUUUUGAUCAUGGGGUGUGCACUGCUUUAUUUUUUAACAUUGACUAACCUGUCCGCCUCCUGGGUUCAUCUGCUCACUGCCUCCAUGUCGGUGGUGGUUCCUUUCUCGUACGGGUUGGUGACUCGGUACCUCACAUAGGUGCGAACCCCGCUCCGGGACUAUAUGGCUGUGUGCUCUGUGUUGUAUCUGUUGGAUUCUGUGUAUGACUGGAAAGGUGGAUAAGCGGGAGACCUGCACUGUACAGUAUAGUAUUAACGUCUAAACAGAGAAGAUCUCUACUAAGCCUUCAAUACACCAAUAGAAAGGGGUCAAUAUUUCCUGGGCCAUUCUUUUGUGUUUUGUAGUUUAAAGAGCGAUAGUAUGGGAAUCUCUGAGUUUAUCCGAAAUAAAUAUGGGGAAAAGGGGAUUUUUGGUUAAUCACGUGCAACUUCUGACCCGUCGACUUUUACUUAGGAUUUACAGAUGAAAGCCCUUGUCAUUUUAUGUACUCAUAAUAAUAUAGUUGAAUGCGUCUUGUAGGCUGAGGGGUCAUGGAGGUGUCGUCAAGCAGGAGUCUGUCUCGGUUAGAAUCUGAUUUGUACAGAAAAAAAAUAAAACAAGCUUGUCCCACUACAAAAAAUGACUUUAAAACAAAUCAUCCACUAAUUCUGUACAUCGUGAAGACUGUGAUAAUGUUGUCUUGCUGAGUGUUCUGUAAGGCUUUGUCAGCCGGGAUGUAAAAUGAAAGGUCUCUUGAUGGAUUUCAGUACUGACGGACGAUUCAGCAAAAAAAAAAGCCAUGUGUUUAAAUUAAUUUACACAAUCUUAAAAUUAUGGAUUUCUUUCGACAUUCCUAAAUGUAUAGAUGAUGAUUACAUUUUUUAAAGGCCUUUUAAAGUGAGUUCAAAUCGGUUCAACUUUCUCCCCAGAAAAACGAUUUUGUGUUAACAUAGGCCUACUGACAGCCAUGUCAUUUUUACUUGCUUAUCUUUAUAAAGUAGAACAGACACAAAUCUAUGCAUUAAAUUCCCAGUACAUUAGAGAGUUUAUUGUCGUUGUUGCAACCGGAACACCCAGCCAGAAAACCACUGCUAUAUUUGGGCAAGCAUGGCUUAGGCUAUAUUAUGGACCAUUUGGGAAUUUGCACAAGGUGGUCUUGAGGGCUUGUUUCUCCCUUGCAAACUGUGGAAAGAGGAAAUGUCAAAGGAAUUUGGGAAACUGUCAACUGUUAACUAUUUAAGAUGUAUUUACUCUUUAACAUUGUGGCAAAUGUAUUGCAGGAAAGAAUUAAAGAUGUCAAAAAAUGAA